UAUUAUGCAAACGACAACGAAGGAGUCGCAACCAUGUUGACGAUGCGAGAACGACAAAUAAAUGCUAUAAAGCAAAUGCUAAAUCUGAAUUCGCAGCAGCCAAAGGCGUUAGCGGCAGAACCGGUAUGGAAAAUACUUAUAUACGACCGUGUGGGGCAGGACAUUAUCUCUCCCAUUAUUUCGAUCAAGGAACUCCGCGAACUCGGUGUGACGUUGCAUGUUCAAUUACACUCGGAUCGAGACUCCAUUCCCGACGUGCCGGCUAUUUACUUUUGUCUGCCCACGGACGAGAAUCUAGACCGCAUUCAACAGGACUUCUCGAACGGACUCUACGAUAUCUAUCACCUGAACUUCCUAGCGCCUAUAACACGCAGCAAGAUUGAGAAUCUGGCUGGAGCCGCCCUCCACGCCUGCUGUGUAGCGAAUAUUCAUCGAGUCUACGACCAGUAUGUGAAUUUUAUCAGCCUGGAGGAUGAUUUCUUCAUACUGAAGCACCAGCAGAGCGAUCAGCUCUCCUACUAUGCCAUCAAUCGGGCCAACACCCGUGACGACGAAAUGGAGGCGCUCAUGGACUCGAUUGUGGACUCGCUCUUCGCUCUUUUCGUUACGCUUGGCAAUGUGCCAAUUAUUCGUUGUCCGCGCAACAGUGCCGCCGAGAUGGUGGCACGUAAGCUGGAGAAGAAGCUGCGCGAGAAUCUGUGGGAUGCACGCGCCAAUCUAUUUCACAUGGACGCCACGCAGGCGGGCGGCGGAGUGUUUAGUUUUCAACGACCUGUACUGUUGCUGUUGGAUCGAAAUAUGGAUUUGGCGACGCCACUGCAUCACACGUGGUCCUACCAAGCAUUGGUCCAUGAUGUGCUAGACCUGGGGCUGAAUUUGGUGUACGUGGAAGACGAGGCGGCAGCGAGCACAGGUGCACGCAAGAAGCCGAAAGCAUGCGACUUGGAUCGCAACGAUCGCUUCUGGACAACGCACAAGGGUAGCCCCUUCCCCACCGUUGCGGAGGCCAUUCAAGAGGAGCUGGAGUCCUAUCGCAACUCGGAGGAGGAAAUCAAGCGACUGAAAACCUCAAUGGGCAUUGAGGGCGAAUCAGAUAUUGCUUUCUCGCUGGUCAACGAUACAACCGCGCGCCUCACCAAUGCCGUCAACUCGCUGCCGCAGCUAAUGGAGAAGAAGCGACUCAUUGACAUGCACACCAAGAUAGCGACAGCCAUCUUAAACUACAUUAAAGCGCGGCGAUUGGACUCCUUCUUCGAGAUUGAGGAGAAGAUCAUGUCCAAGCAGACGCUGGACCAUCCGUUACUGGAGCUGCUGCGCGAUGCGGAGUUCGGCCAGCCGGAGGAUAAGAUGCGACUCUACAUUAUUUAUUACAUAUGCGCCCAGCAGCUGUCCGAUGUGGAUCUCGAGCGGCUAAAGGAGGCGUUACAGUCCGCCGGGUGCGAUCUGACUCCACUGGCCUAUGUUCAGCGUUGGAAGGGCAUCAUGAAUCGCACGCCCAGCAUGAAUCAGGCCACACAGUAUGAAGGCGGCGGCACCAAGACUGUCUCCAUGUUCACCAAACUCGUCUCCCAAGGUAGCUCCUUCGUCAUGGAGGGCGUAAAGAACCUGGUGGUUAAACGGCAUAAUCUGCCAGUCACAAAAAUCACAGAGCAGGUGAUGGAGUGUCGCAGCAAUACCGAAACGGACGAUUAUCUCUAUCUAGAUCCGAAGCUGCUCAAAGGGGGCGAUGUGCUGCCCAAGAAUCGCGCCCCAUUCCAAGAUGCGGUCGUCUUUAUGGUCGGCGGCGGCAACUACAUUGAAUACCAGAAUCUGGUGGACUUCAUAAAGCAGAAGCAAUCAUCGAAUGUGCAUCGACGCAUCAUCUACGGCGCCUCCACGCUGACCAACUCCCGACAGUUUCUCAAAGAGCUGUCGGCAUUGGGCGCCGAAAUUCAAGCGCCCGCGUCCACAAGUUAGGAGCGGCAUGUGCGGGACACAUUGCAAAAGAAGCAGCAGAAACAGCAGCGCUUCCAUUGCUGCUGACGUGCUUAGGACGAAGAUAAGAUGGGCGCAGGAAUGGCAUGCAGGGGUCAACAUUUUCUAUAACUACAAGUUAAAUGCGUGUGUGGCUUUUUCUUAUAUUUUAAGCAUAUCCAAAAAUAAAUUAACUAAAUGGCAGCGAACCAAUCCAA